CUGCCAAUCUUUCCCAUACAUUAUCUUUUAUAUGGGAGGUCUGUAAGUAGAGGUUGAUCAGUCCCUGAAUAACAUUGACACCACUGUGCGUCAGUGUUGAAUUAUACGAGGGCUCGCUCGAUGCAGCAUGUUCAACUCACCUCACUUGAUCUACUGUAACUGCGCCUCUGUACCGGUGCUUCACAGCCCCAAUGUUUAUUCCGUGUGGAACUGUCCUAUCCAAGCGUCGCCCUCCGUUUACGGGACAUCGUUAGACAGGACGGCCACACACGGCGGAUCAAGCGAACAAACUGAAAACAGCGAAACGAACUCGUCGUCAAGCAGAAACCUCAAGUUUGGAAUUGAGAAUAUUCUAUACGGCAAGUUACAAUCAGACCAACAUGUUGUUCACAGACCGUUCCUAAGCAAUCAUGAGCUCGCCUACAUUCAUCAUCAGCCCUUCAGUUCACCCAUGCGCGCUUCCAGCCGGCCAUGGUGUCGCCCAGUCUUUACGCAGCUCCAACGAAGAGGCCUGGAGAAGCGUUUCCAGGUAACCAAGUACGUGACAAAAAGGGAGAGGUUACAGAUCGGCGCCAUGUUGGGUUUGUCUGAGACGCAGGUGAAAGUGUGGUUCCAGAACAGGAGAACAAAAUGGAGACAUGAGGCUGCGCGGAAAGAAGAAAAACUGAAAGAGAAAUCGUUGAAAAAGGUGGAAGAAAGUCAACAAGAAGAAGAAGAAACGACGAUUGAAAGUGACGAGACUGAGGAAAUCACUGGAGAGUGUUCUUGUGAGGUCAGCGUCAAAGAGUAGUGAUAACGUGAUGACGAAAAAUGACAUCAUGAGAAAAGUAAUUGUGAUUCUUAGCGACAACCGAACGCAAUUUUUUUUUUAAUUUAGAAAGAUUAAAAUAGCUUUAAUUGCGAUUCAACUGCAACGAGUUGUCACUAAGCAGGAAAAAACAAGUUCGACAAAGUCUAAAACUUUGUCUGGAAAUUUGACAGGAAAUCCUGGCAAAGAUAGCAUUGAAUAACAGAAAAAAAAAACUAUAAAGACACCGACAUUUGUAAAGAAACUAAACUGAGAAGAAAGAAGUCAAUGUUAUGUU